AUGCCGAAAGAAAAGAAUUACAACCCAGUCCAAGCUCAGCGCAAGGCUGAUAAAGCGAAAGCAAUCAAGAAAGGCAAGGCCGAAGUCCAGGGCCGUCGCAAUGAGAAGCUCGCACGCCGCAACCCCGAAAGAUUUCAGAAACAAAUCGACGACCUCAAGGGUAUCACGACAAACGGAGGAAAGCUUUCGCGCCACGAAGAGCAGGUCCUCGAGGGCCUCGAGAAAGAGCUACGCGCAGUGAAGAAGGCGCGCGAAGCGCUCGGCGACAAAGCACCCACGUUCAGCCGCGUUUACAACCGCGAUGGCGAUUCUUCUGGAGGAGUCCUCGGAAAGCGGAGACGGGAUAACGACGAACUGACCAGCGAUGAGGACGUCCCCGACGACGUCAAGCGGAUACCCAUGCCGAGAGAUACACCGCCGCCGAUUCCAAAACAAGUGAUGGACCGGUGGUACGCAAAGAGACGCGCUAGGAGGCAAGCAGAACAGGCAGAGAGGGAGCCACCAGAGGAGAGGGAGACGGAGAAGGAGAGAAAGCUUGCAGCGCCAGAACCUAAGACCGUAUACGAAGCAAAGCCGAUGGUUCGAAAUCUUACAAAGGAAGCUGUUACUGCUUUCGUGCCUACUCAUGUAAAAAUGAAGUUGGACAAAGGCAAGGGUCAAGGCGGCUUAAUGGAGCCUGAAGAGGCGGAUCGGCUGGAGCAGGAAGGCUACCUACAGACAACCGCGUCUCUCGGGGAAUCAGAGAGCACUGUGUCCCGCAAGGUCAUGGUGGAGGAAGUGGAGGAUGAAGAUGUCUGA